AAAUGGCCUCCUCUGAUCUGGAACAAUUAUGCACUUACAUUAAUGAAAAGAUUGGCAAUAUUAAAAACACUCUGUCCAUAAGAAAUGGUGGUCAAGAACCUGCCUUGAAGACUAUAUUAAAUAAAAUAGGGAAUGAGAUCAUUGUAGUAAAUGAACUUUUAAAUAAAUUGGAAUUGGAAAUUGAAUACCAUGAACAAACCAGCAAUUCACUCAAGGAACUCUGUGAAUCUCUUGAGGAAGAUUACAAAGAUGUACAACAUCUCAAGGAAAACAUCCCUCCCCAUUUGCCUCAAAUAGCGGUAACCAAGAGCUUUGAAAAAGGAUCAGAUGUGAACCCUGAAGAACCAGUCAACGUUGUGGGACCUGUACCCGUAAAUAAGCCCCCAAAAGGACAAACAAACAUUAAGGAAAUUGCAUUUAUAACUUCUGAUGAGUUCAGUGGUGUUCCUGCGUACAUGAAAUCUCGCUUAACCUAUUGUCAAAUUAAUGAUGUCAUUAAAGAAAUCAACAAGGCAGUAGCUAGUAAAUACAAGAUUGUACAUCAGCCAAAGAAAUCUAUGAGUUCUGUGGUCAGAAACCUUUAUCACAGAUUUAUAGAAGAAGAAACAAAGGAUACAAAAGGUCAUUAUUUUGUAGUGGAAGCUGACAUAAAGGAGUUCACUGCUUUGAAAAUUGACAAGAGGUUUCACGUGAUCCUGAAUAUUUUACGACACUGCAAGAGGCUCUCUGAGGUCCGAGGGGGAAGACUGACCCGUUAUGUUAUAACCUGA